AUGGCUUCCGCGGUUGCCUCUCUAUUUGGAUACAGUUCCAAAAACAUUCUAGAUAAGAAACCUAUCCUGAAUGAGCCACCAAAGGCGCUCCCAUCAUCCUGGUAUCGCUCGCCAGAGAUGUAUGAAUUGGAGAGACGGGCUAUAUUCUCGAAGAAAUGGCUUUUAAUAACCCACAAACUACGCUUCAAGAAGGCCGGUGACUUCCUUCGCUUCGAGCAAGCCGGCUUCUCAUUUAUGCUAUGUCUAGAUCGAGAGGGUAACUUGAACGGCUUUCACAAUAUAUGUCGCCAUCGAGCGUUCCCUCUUCUUCAUGAGAACGAGGGGAAUGUUAAAAUUCUUUCUUGCAAAUACCACGGAUGGUCUUAUGGCCUCAACGGAAAACUAGCCAAGGCACCACGAUUCGAUGAUGUGCCUGGGUUUGACAAAGACAAUCAGAAUCUAUUUCCCAUUCACGUUCAUAUCGAUGCUUUAGGUUUUGUCUGGGUUAACCUCGACUCUUCACCCAACCCUGUCCUCUGGGAUGAGGAUUUCAAGGGAGUGGACACCCAAGAGAGAUUCCAAGCAUUUGACUUCAGCCAGUAUGAUUUUGAUCACACGUGGCAUAUGGACGGUGAUUAUAAUUGGAAAACUCUCGCCGAUAACUACAAUGAGUGCUAUCAUUGUACUGUUGCACAUCCGGAUGUUGUGAAUUUAGCCGAUUUAUCAUACUACCAUACUGUUUCGAAAGGUGGACAUAUUCAACACUUCUCUCGUCCCAAACAUGAUAAAGAGGAUGAGGACAUUCACAAUGCAAGUACAUAUUACUUUCCCAAUGCUUGCAUGACAGUCUCUCCUCAUUUCUUCUAUAUGAUGAGAUGCGUACCCACUUCUGUGGGGACUUGCUCCAUGGAGUAUGAAGUCUAUCGUCACAAAGAUGCCUCUGACGCAGAUUUUGAAUAUAUUGAUUCAUUCUUCAAGCGAGUUCUUGCUGAAGACAAGUACCUUUGCAAUGCUGCCCAAAAGAAUUUGAAUGCUGGCGUUUUUGUGAAUGGACAACUUCAUCCUGAACUGGAAAGUGCUCCGUUAUACUUCCAAAAUAGGGUGAGAAGUCUUCUCUUGAAUCACCGCGAAGAGGAACAAAAAGAGAGAAGGGAAAUCUGGCCAGCUCGGCAAUUUGCAACUGGGUCGGCUACCGCGAAGGACAUUGCCUUUUGUUCAGGUUUGGCAUGCUCGGCCGAUGGUAAUGGUAACUUGGAAUGGUAG